AUGUCAGCUAAAGAAUUGUUAAUUCAACUUUUUGCCUUGCCUAAAGGAGAAAUCAUAUUCCAAGACUAUUCUUGUGCUUUAAAAAGCUUAAUCUCAAAGUAUGGUAGGAUUUUUAUAGCCGAAAAUCACAUUUGCUUUUAUGCCAAUUUGGCUGGCAGUAAGAUCAAUUUGGUUUUCAAAGUUAAUGAUAUAUAAAGAAUAGAAAGUAAGAAUAAAAAUGAUAUUGAAAUUACUUUAAAUAAUAAUAAGGUUUAUUGUUUUACUAGUUUUUAAAAUAAAGAUCAUGUAUUCAAUUUUAUGAAUUCAUUAUUAUAAGGUUAACCAUUAAGUACUUUUAGUGAUUCAUAAGUAAAUACUGAAUCAUCUAAUAAUGAUUAAUCAAUAAUAGAUAAUACUGAUGUUGAAAUUUAAUUUUUGAAAUCAGAAUCUUCAACUGAUUAAGAAAUAUGCAAAUUCACAUUCCCUUUUUCAUUAGAUAAAUUCUUUGAUUUUUUCAUAGCUGAUAAUGCUUCUUUGUAUUCAGUAUAUGAUCAUCGUUAAAAUGAAAAAGACACUGAUAUGAAUAUAACCAAAUGGACAGUUAAUGAAGAUAUUUAAGAUAUGUAUUAAAGAGAAAUGAAACAUGUUAUGAAACUUACUGGAGUACCCUUUAAAGAUAAAACAAGAAUGCAUAAAUUAUUCACUUACAAAAGAGAUCAGCAAAAAUUAAUAUAUACUUGUACAACACAUACUUUAGAUGUGCCAUAUGGAAAUUGCUUUUAAGCUGAAGAAAAAUGGGAAGUUACUUAACCAGAAGAUAAUAAAUGUCUACUUAGAGUAUUUGUGUCAGUUGUAUUUACUAAAUCUACUAUAAUGAAAAAUACUAUUAUAAGUAGAACUAUGGCAGGAUAUAAAGAGGAUUAUGAAAAAUGGAUUAAUAAUGUGAAAAUUAGAUUAGAAGCUUAAGCAAAAUAAUCUAAAUUAUCAGUUUCUUAUUCAACUCAUGAAUAUGAAGAGUAUAAAUUUAUUAAUAAUUCUUUAGAUCAAUGAAAUUAGAUAAUGAAAAUAUAUUUAGUAAAAUUCUUAAAAAUUCAAAUUCUGAUCUUUCAAAUUAAAAAGAAAAAAGUGGAUUACCUUCAAUUGUUAUACAAAAAGAAGCUUGUUUUGUAUUGUUAAUUACAAUAAUGAUUAUAAUUAUGUUAAUCUAAAUAGGAAUGAUGAGUAAUCAGUCAACAAGACUUGAAUAAUUAGAAUAGAUACUUUUGCAAAAUCAGUAAUAACGAUUUUAAUUAUUGAAUGAUUAAUUAUGA